AUGGUAAGCACAAUACAGGUCAUAAGGAAGAAGGCCAAAAGCGGUAAAGUGGCAGAUCCAUUAGCCAAACAGAAAUUAGUUUGGACUAUUGGUCAUUUCUUAACAAUUACAUGUGGUCUAAUAUUCUCAAUAACAUAUUUCUUCCAUGUGCUAAUCUUUUUCAAGUAUCGUUCAUGGAAGUGGUUGUUCCUUAGAGUCAAUAAGAAUUAUGUAUUUUUCACAGGAGCAAAAUGGUAUAAUAAAUUAUUAAAAUGGACACCUCAAAUCUUGUACAGAUUUGCUUUGAUUGGUGUCAUAAUGGCUAAUGGUAUUACAAUGUAUCAAAAUUGGUCUCAUUUAAACCCAACUUGGUUUGAUCUUUUAGCUGCAGAGAAUUUCCAAAGUUUAGCUAUUGCUGGCUUGUGGUUAAUUGGUGGUGGUAAAUCAUUUUAUAGAUUAUUACCAUUUAUGAUAUUAAGUUAUAUGCAUUUGACCAACAGAAAACAUGAAUUUACUUCUGAUGAUAAGAAGAUCGAUGAGCAAAAAAGUAUUGAUAAUAAACAUUUAUUACAUAUUGUAGCAUACUCCGAAAUUAUUGUCAUUAUGGCCUUAAUUCUAGAUACAUUAUUAAUGAAGAAUGGAUCUGCUGGAUUUUUGUUAGUAGCAUAUAGUAGUAUCUAUUGGUUACGUUUAAAUUUUUCUUCAUAUGCUCAAGUUACAGUUUUAAGAAUUCUUGAUAAAUUUGGUAAACAUGUACCAGCUAAAUAUAGAGAAAAAUGGGAUAGUAUCAGAAAUUUUCUAUAUGGUAAGAUUAAAGAACGUUCAGAUCGUAGAAAGAAAGUACUACGUAAAUGA